CGGGUGACCAGAAAAGGAAACGAAAGCAAAGCUGGUGAAAAAAGGAGAAGGAAGAGAGCUCUCCAAUGCUGCAACCACAGAGGGACUCUGCAGGAUAAUGGAGUGCCAUUCCAGCUUAGAAAAUGUGGAUGAAGAUGGAUACACUCAGUUAAACUUCCACUCUCGGGUCACCAAGAGAACACAUGUGUUACCACAGAAAGGAACCCAGCGAACUGCGUCCCCUUCUUGGCGUCUCAUUGCUGUGAUUUUGGGAGUCCUGUGUUUGGUGAUACUGGUGAUAGCAGUGGUCCUGGGUGCUCUGACUUUUCAGAGAUCCAAUUCAGGCAGCCAGCCAUUGGAGAAUGACAACUUCCCAUCAAGAAAUAAAGAGAACCACAAUCAACCCACAAGGUCAUCUUUAGAAGAGAAAGUGGCUCCUACCAAGGCUCUCAAAACCACAGGGUUUUUUCCCAGUUCUUGUCCCCCUAACUGGAUCAUGCAUGAGAGAAGCUGUUAUUUAUUCAGCACGUCACUAGAUUCCUGGAAUGAAAGUAGAAUUCGAUGCUCUCAGCUGGACUCUAAUCUCCUGAAGAUAGACAGCUCAAAAGAACUGCAAUUCAUAAACGGAGAAGUGUCUUCCCAAGCUGCCCACUCAUUCUGGAUAGGGCUUUCUCGUUCCCGAAGUGAGGAACCAUGGCUCUGGGAGGAUGGAUCGAUGUUCUCUCCUCACCUGUUUGAAGUUAGAAGCUCAGCUACGCAGGAAAGCUCAUCUCACAAUUGUGCCUGGAUUCACAUGUCAGUCGUGUAUGAUCAGCUCUGCACCGUGCCCGCUUACAGUAUCUGUGAGAAGAAGCUGUCGCUGUAGAGAGGGUGGCAGAGGGAGGUGGGCGAGACAGGAAGGAGGGCAGAGAACAGCACAGAACAGAGCGCUAUCAAUGGCCAAAAUAGAUGCUGACAUUUCAUUUGGCUUUGACCUGGUACUCACCUGGAUGUCCUUGGUGUUUCAAAGGAGACUUCAUCUCCAGUUCUCGGACUUGGUUUUCAUCCUCAGAAAGUGUCAUCCAAUGCACCCCUGUGUUCCCAUGAUUUUUUUUCUUCAUUUCCAGUAGUAUAGAGCAGACAUGGGUAAAAGGCAGAAUAUACUCCUCAGCGAUGCAAUGAAGGAAUCUAAAAGAAGGAAAACCACAGCCUCACUCCAGUUGGAGUCUCUUGUUAUGUUCAUCACCAUCAGCAUCAACAAAGCGGAAAUACCUACUUUGUCUCAAUUAAAUAACCCAGAGAAUGUGCCAGUCCUGUCUCUGACUAGCAGAAUCCUGUGCUGUGAAACUGUAGGGAAAUUGUUUUAAAAUACUAUUUACUCAUCAAAAACUAAGCAUAAAAAUGCAUAAUGAUUUGGCAGAAGUAUUGCUAUUUGGAGAGGCAACACAUGUUUUGCUGUUGUUUUUAUGAUAUACUGUUUUGUCAUUUUUACCCACUCCCCAGUCUUCAUAAAAAUAUAUUAUUGGAAUAGAACUACAUUUCCUCACAUGAUGGUUUGAUAAAAAUCAUCAGAUAAAGUAUUUCCCACUAGCGCGUCCAAUGAGAAUCUCUGUAAUGUCAGGGGGACUCAUGUACCCUUAUGUUUGUUUACCGUAUGAACAGAAACUGUGCUAAGUCUGUAAAAUGAUUUACUUUAAAAUAGUUAAUUUCACAGUCUGUGAAUUUCAGCUCAAUAAAAUGUUCUCAUCAAAACCUUUUGACUUUAAAUCACAGGCUUUUGUGUGGCCAUCACUGUCACAAUGUCCUCUGUCCACCAAAGUGAUGAUAAAUUUGGUUCUGGGGUGAGGGCGUGCGUUGUCGGUCAUUCUGAACGGAGGCCUAUAUUU